AUGUCUGGCUUCUCGGAAGCGGCUAUGACUAAACGGCUUGAGUCGUUGAACAUGACAGCGCAGUCGAUACAAACACUAUCCAUGUGGAUACUACAUCAUCAGAAGCAUAAUGCUGAAAGAAUCGUUCAUUUGUGGCUUAAAGUUGUGAAAAGAGAAAUUCGACCCGCACGUCUCAUAAAUUUGCUGUACUUGGCGAAUGAUGUUGUGCAGAACAGCAGACGACAGUGUCCCGAUUUCAUGGCAUUGUUCUAUAGCGUUCUCGAACCUGCAUUCAACAUGCAUGCAGAUAGUCAAGCGGUGGUAGCGCUGAAAAAGAUCUUACGCGUAUUUCGUGAACGUCAAAUCUAUGCACCACCAAAAAUUGAUCGUUUGAUGUCAGUGGUAACGUCGACACUGACCGGCAUUCGUCUGGUUGAA